AUGCGGCCGCGUUCAGGGCACUGCGCCCCAAAACCUCCCGAUACAGGAAUACUGCAUCGCAAACCUCCUGAUACAGCAACACUGCAUCCCAAGCCGACUGCUAUAGGGGCACUGCCAAACCUCCUGAUACAGCAACACUGCAUCCCAAAACCUCCCGAUACAGGGGCACUGCGGGCACUGUGCCCCAAACCUCCUGAUAUAGGGGUACUUCCCGAACCUCCUGACACAGGAACACUGCGCCCCAAACCUCCUGAUACAGGAAUACUGCAUCCCAAACCUACUGCUAUAGGGGCACUGUGCCCCAAACCUCCUGAUACAGAAACAUUGCACCCCAAACCUCCUACUAUAGGGGCACUGCUCCCCAAACCUCUUGAUACAGGGACACUGCACCCCAAACCUCCUGACACAGAGACAGUGCAUCCCUAA